UAAGAUUUACAGAUAUACUGAUUCUAAAAGAUUUGAUUCACAGGUUAGUUCUAAUGGAGCGACACGUAUUGUGUUUGUGGUCUUCCAGUUUGCCUUUCUUCCAUGCAUCUGAAGGACUCAUACUUCCAUUUCCUCUUGCGAAUUCAUCCAUCCAUUCCUCUCCUUGCAGCUUUAAAUUUGUGAAAUCCAACGUAUUUAGUUAAGAGAACAUUUGCCACAUAAUUAUGCUAAUAUUCUAUGAAUAAUUGCACUUUUGUGGCUGUGCUAAUAGUAAUAGAUGACUCUUAGCGACCCUGCGCAUUCUCUAAUUUUCGAAAGUUUAUUAAAUGCAUGCAGUGCUUUAUCCUGAUUUGCAAGAGGAACAACAUGAAAUUCCUAUUUCACAUAAGUGAAGAAAAUCUAUAACACUGAUUGUUAUAGUUGGUGGUCCGGUGAUUCCAGUUUAUUUCUCUAAUUUGAUGUAGGAAAUGGAUUGUAAAUUGCAAGUGAGUUGGGGCUUCUGAUUGGACCUUGUGGUGGUUGGAUCUGCUGACAGAUAGGGAGAAGCAUGAUAUGUUGCUACUGCUGCACCUAUUAUUUGAUUUCUCUCAAUUUGCAAGAGGAACAACAUGAAAUUCCUAUUUCACAUAAGUGAAGAAAAUCUAUAGCACUGAUUGUUAUAGUUGGUGGUCCGGUGAUUCCAGUUUAUUUCUUUAAUUUGAUGUAGGAAAUGGAUUGUAAAUUGCAAGUGAGUUGGGGCUUCUGAUUGGACCUUGUGGUGGUUGGAUCUGCUGACAGAUAGGGAGAAGCAUGAUAGGUUGCUACUGCUGCACCUAUUAUUUGAUUUCUCUCAAUGUUUCAAUCAGUUUUAUCUAAAGCAUGAUUUUAAUAUGCAAAUUUAUCAGUCCGAGAUUACCUGAAUGAUUCGUGGAAAUUAGAAUGUGGGGGUCUCAAAGAAUGUUUCACAAGAAAAACAAAUAUUGGCCAUUUCCAAACUUGCUCGGUGGUCGAGGUACUAUAGAGGACAUCCGUAGAAUGAAAGCAAGAGCAACCUGACAACAUUAUUGAUAGUCAACUUCCAUUAUCAGCAGCUUCACAUGUGUAUGUAUUCUUUUGUUCAUUUUCAUCUUUGUGGUAUUUUCUUACUUCCCCUUGUUGGGAUUCUUGACAGAUCAAGAAUUGUUGAUGCAGGUAUAUCUUUCUUUUGGAAAUGGAAGUUGUUGUUUCUUCCCAGGUGAGCUGAGAACUAGGAAGGUGCGGAUAAUAAGAGUUGUUGACAGAGGCAACCUGCACAUGUGUAAACAGUGGCUAUGGUGGCUCAAAGGGAAGCAGCGGCUGCUCCAUGGAAACACGCAACUUAGUGAUCUAAGAUCAAUCUUCCUAUUCAUUCAUUGCACGCUGUUAUUCUGCAGGACCGGCGAAGUGCAAGGUCAUGUACAAGGGAUAAGCUGGUCAAUGAAGGAAAUUCUAAAAGAAAGCGACUACAAGCAACAUUUGAAGUGAGCUGGGAGCCGGGGUCAUCCUUCUCACCACCAGUCGAACAUACUACUUCAGCCACCAUGUUGAGCGAUAUAAAAGUGUUCUCUAUUUCAGAGAGCAACAACAAGAGAUUGUGCCCCCUCUUGCUCCAGGUGCAUGUUGCUGUAAUUAGUAUCAACAGAUUAAAUCAUGGACCAUGUCUCUGUUUCAUACCACCUCUGUUCAUAAAUAGAUAGCUUCCUAGAGAUUGUGCAGUCCUAAGGCCAUCCACACUAUUGCCCGUUAAAGCGUAUUGAGAGCAUCAAGCCUAAUUUUCUAUUGGACAGAUUUUGUUCUGUAAUCUAUUAGUGUUAGUACAAUACAAAUUUUCCUAUUUUGCAGAAACUAACUUAGUGCUUCCUUCUUUCGGGUUUGAAAUUCAGCAAUUCUUUUCCUUAAUCGCAAACUGAAUUGUUCGUCAUUGCUAUUUGGUUUCCCUUCUGUCUGGCAUAUUGAUGAUUUGAUCCGCAUUCAAGAAAGAAAUAUUCCAUGCAAGCCUCCAGCCUAAGUAAAGAAAUUUAUUUGCUUGCCAUUUGAAUAAAAAAUUUGAGCACGACAUUACAAAUGAGAAAAAAAUAUUUGUAUGCAGAUCCACGACACUUUGCAAAAGAGUAUACAUCAACAUUGUCUGCUAGAAAAAAA